AUGUCACUGUGCACACGGAUUGUAUUGUUCCUACGUUUAGCAGCUCAGUGUACAGAAACGAAUCCGGGCCCUGAUUUCCGAGAGCGAUCCCAAAGGACCAAGUCCACAAUUAAAGUCCCGCACCGUGCUACUGGAGGCAAAUCGACACCUGAAGUUACCCAGGAGUCGAGACUCACGCCACCGGAGGUUCAAAGCCAUGUGUUCAUGCCGUCUCGACAUCCACUUUACCAUUCCCCAGGCUCGUCACCCACUAUACCAUUCUCCAGUCUCGUCACCCACUGUACCAUUCCCCAGUCUCGUCACCCACUAUACCAUUCCCCAGUCUCGUCACCCACUGUACCACCCCCAGUCUCGUCACCCACUAUACCAUUCCCCUGUCUCGUCAUCAACUAUACCACCUCCCAGUAUAAACACCCACUAUACCAUCCCCACGUCUCGCCACCCACUGUACCACCCCCAGUCUCGUUUCCCACUAUACCAUUCCCCAGUUUCGUCACCCACUGUACCACCCCCCAGUCUCGACACCCACUUUUCAAUCCCCCAGUCUCGUCAUCCACUAUACCAUUCCCCAGUCUCGUCACCCACUAUACCAUUCCCCAGUCUCGUCACCCACUUUACCAUCCCCCAGUCUCAUCACCCACUAUACCAUCCCCAGUCUCGUCUUCAACUAUACCUACUCCCAGUAUAAACACCCACUAUACCAUCACCACGACUCAUCACCCACUAUACCAUCCCCACGUCUCGUCAUCAACUAUACCACCUCCUAGUAUAAACACCCACUAUACCAUCCCCACGUCUCGUCACCCACUAUACCAUCCCCACGUCUAG